AUGUUUACUUGGUUUUGGAGAACAGAUGGGUUUAGAAAAAUUGCUAAAAGGCUUGAUAAAGUGUGUAGCAAUGGUGACUGGAGGUUGCUUUUUCCGGAGGCUUAUGCUGAGGUUCUGUGUCACCUUCACUCGGAUCAUUGCCCUCUCUUAGUUCGGUGCCUUGAAGCCCCGAUGAAGAGGGGUGCCAGACCUUUUAGAUUUCAGGCGACCUGGACAUCUCAUCCGGAGUAUAAACCAUUAAUCAAGAAAACAUGGGACGGGAUUUUUACUGCAGGGUGUAUUCAGAGGAGUUUGAACUUGAUUCAGAGUGCUUCGUUAGAGUUCAAUUCUAAAGUCUUUGGAAACAUUUUUGCCAACAAGAGAAAUCUUGAAUUUCAAUUAGAGGCUAUUCAAAAACGGCUGGAAUUUAGUGAUGAUGCUGAACUGAGGGAGAAGGAGGAGGAUUUAAGGGCGGCGUUGAAUACUAUUUUGGCUUAG